AUGCUGCAGGACGACGCGGCUGAUGGCCCCUACUACCACCAGCCGUGGGAGGGCAUGAAGCAGACCACUCCCAUCAUCUCCGGCGGCAUGAACGCCCUGCGCCUGCCGGCCUUCUUCGAGAACCUGGGACACUCCAACGUGAUCCUGACCGCCGGCGGUGGCUCUUUCGGCCACAAGGAUGGCCCCAAGCCGGGCGCCGUCUCCUGCCGCCAGGGUGAGGAGGCCUGGAAGGCCUGGAGGUCAGGACAGUACGGCAACAUCAGCCUGAGCGAUGGCGUGAUCGAGUUCGCCAAGACCCAUGAGGAGAUCAAGGGUGCCUUCCUCACCUUCCAGAAGGAUGCGGACCAGAUCUACCCUGGCUGGAAGGAGAAGCUCGGCUACACCGGCGAGUCGUCCGUGCAGGCGGCCAGCUUCGACUGGGCCAAGAAGGCCUCCGCCGCCGCCUUCGUGGGUGCCAGCGUGGCCCCUGCCAAGAAGGAGAGCAGCAUCUCGCGCAAGGCCCUGGACCAGUCCAGCCGCUAUGCGGACCUGUCGUUGGACGAGGCGACCCUCAUCAAGAGACCCAGCUGCAGUCAAGAUAUGUCAAACUGCAUGAAGUGCAGCAUGUGGCAACAUGUAAAGUCGAUCUCGAAUGGCAAGCACGUGCUGGUGGCGUACAUCAUGAAGCCGAAGGCCGGGUACGACUACCUGGCCACCGCCGCCCACUUCGCCGCCGAGUCCUCCACGGGCACCAACGUGAACGUGUGCACCACGGACGACUUCACGAAGUCCGUGGAUGCCCUGGUGUACUACAUCGACCCCGACAGCGAGGAGAUGAAGAUCGCCUACCCCAACCUUCUGUUCGACCGCAACAUCAUCGAUGGUCGCGCCAUGAUGUGCUCCUUCCUGACCUUGUCCAUCGGCAACAACCAGGGUUGGGGACUCAGUGUGGGUAUGGGUGACGUCGAGUACGGUAAGAUCUACGACUUCUACCUGCCCCCUGAGUUCCUCCGCCUGUACGACGGCCCGGCCGUGAACGUGGAGGACAUGUGGCGCAUCCUGGGCAAGGGCACCAGCAACGGUGGCCUCGUGGUGGGCACCAUCAUCAAGCCCAAGCUCGGCCUGCAGCCCAAGCCAUUCGGCGAGGCCUGCUAUGCGUUCUGGCAGGGCGGCGACUUCAUCAAGAACGAUGAGCCCCAGGGCAACCAGGUGUUCUGCCAGAUGAACGAGGUCAUCCCAGAGGUUGUGAAGGCCAUGAGGGCGUGCAUCAAGGAGACCGGCGUGGGCAAGCUGUUCUCUGCCAACAUCACUGCAGAUGAUCCCAACGAGAUGAUUGCCCGCGGCAAGUACUGCUUGUCCCAGUUCGGGCCUCUGUCCGAGAACUGCGCGUUCUUGGUAGAUGGCUACGUGGCUGGAGGCACGGCCGUGACCUGCGCCCGCCGCAACUUCCCAGGACAGUUCCUGCACUACCACCGUGCCGGACAUGGAUCCGUGACAAGCCCCCAGACGCAGCGUGGUUACACCGCCUUCGUGCACACCAAGAUCUCCCGAGUCAUCGGUGCGUCCGGCAUCCACACCGGAACCAUGAGCUUCGGCAAGAUGGAGGGCGAUGCCUCGGACAAGAACAUCGCCUUCAUGCUGCAGGACGACGCGGCUGAUGGCCCCUACUACCACCAGCCGUGGGAGGGCAUGAAGCAGACCACUCCCAUCAUCUCCGGCGGCAUGAACGCCCUGCGCCUGCCGGCCUUCUUCGAGAACCUGGGACACUCCAACGUGAUCCUGACCGCCGGCGGUGGCUCUUUCGGCCACAAGGAUGGCCCCAAGCCGGGCGCCGUCUCCUGCCGCCAGGGUGAGGAGGCCUGGAAGGCCUGGAGGUCAGGACAGUACGGCAACAUCAGCCUGAGCGAUGGCGUGAUCGAGUUCGCCAAGACCCAUGAGGAGAUCAAGGGUGCCUUCCUCACCUUCCAGAAGGAUGCGGACCAGAUCUACCCUGGCUGGAAGGAGAAGCUCGGCUACACCGGCGAGUCGUCCGUGCAGGCGGCCAGCUUCGACUGGGCCAAGAAGGCCUCCGCCGCCGCCUUCGUGGGUGCCAGCGUGGCCCCUGCCAAGAAGGAGAGCAGCAUCUCGCGCAAGGCCCUGGACCAGUCCAGCCGCUAUGCGGACCUGUCGUUGGACGAGGCGACCCUCAUCAAGAGACCCAGCUGCAGUCAAGAUAUGUCAAACUGCAUGAAGUGCAGCAUGUGGCAACAUGUAAAGUCGAUCUCGAAUGGCAAGCACGUGCUGGUGGCGUACAUCAUGAAGCCGAAGGCCGGGUACGACUACCUGGCCACCGCCGCCCACUUCGCCGCCGAGUCCUCCACGGGCACCAACGUGAACGUGUGCACCACGGACGACUUCACGAAGUCCGUGGAUGCCCUGGUGUACUACAUCGACCCCGACAGCGAGGAGAUGAAGAUCGCCUACCCCAACCUGUUGUUCGACCGCAACAUCAUCGAUGGCCGCGCCAUGAUGUGCUCCUUCCUGACCCUGUCCAUCGGCAACAACCAGGGUAUGGGUGACGUCGAGUACGGUAAGAUCUACGACUUCUACCUGCCCCCUGAGUUCCUCCGCCUGUACGACGGCCCGGCCGUGAACGUGGAGGACAUGUGGCGCAUCCUCGGCAAGGGCACCAGCAACGGUGGCCUUGUGGUGGGCACCAUCAUCAAGCCCAAGCUCGGCCUGCAGCCCAAGCCAUUCGGCGAGGCCUGCUACGCGUUCUGGCAGGGCGGCGACUUCAUCAAGAACGAUGAGCCCCAGGGCAACCAGGUGUUCUGCCAGAUGAACGAGGUCAUCCCAGAGGUUGUGAAGGCCAUGAGGGCGUGCAUCAAGGAGACCGGCGUGGGCAAGCUGUUCUCUGCCAACAUCACCGCAGAUGAUCCCAACGAGAUGAUUGCCCGCGGCAAGUACUGCUUGUCCCAGUUCGGGCCUCUGUCCGAGAACUGCGCGUUCUUGGUAGAUGGCUACGUGGCUGGAGGCACGGCCGUGACCUGCGCCCGCCGCAACUUCCCAGGACAGUUCCUGCACUACCACCGUGCCGGACAUGGAUCCGUGACCAGCCCCCAGACCCAGCGUGGUUACACCGCCUUCGUGCACACCAAGAUCUCCCGAGUCAUCGGCGCGUCCGGCAUCCACACCGGCACCAUGAGCUUCGGCAAGAUGGAGGGCGAUGCCUCAGACAAGAACAUCGCCUUCAUGCUGCAGGACGACGCGGCCGAUGGCCCCUACUACCACCAGCCUUGGGAGGGCAUGAAGCAGACCACUCCCAUCAUCUCCGGCGGCAUGAACGCCCUGCGCCUGCCGGCCUUCUUCGAGAACCUGGGACACUCCAACGUGAUCCUGACCGCCGGCGGUGGCUCUUUCGGCCACAAGGAUGGCCCCAAGCCGGGCGCCGUCUCCUGCCGCCAGGGUGAGGAGGCCUGGAAGGCCUGGAAGUCCGGACAGUACGGCAACAUCAGCCUGAGCGAUGGCGUGAUCGAGUUCGCCAAGACCCACGAGGAGAUCAAGGGUGCCUUCCUCACCUUCCAGAAGGAUGCGGACCAGAUCUACCCGGGCUGGAAGGAGAAGCUCGGCUACACCGGCGAGUCGUCCGUGCAGGCGGCCAGCUUCGACUGGGCCAAGAAGGCCUCCGCCGCCGCCUUCGUGGGUGCCAGCGUGGCCCCUGCCAAGAAGGAGAGCAGCGUCUCGCGCAAGGCCCUGGACCAGUCCAGCCGCUAUGCGGACCUGUCGUUGGACGAGGCGACCCUCAUCAAGAGACCCAGCUGCAGUCAAGAUAUGUCAAACUGCAUGAAGUGCAGCAUGCGGCAACAUGUAAAGUCGAUCUCGAAUGGCAAGCACGUGCUGGUGGCGUACAUCAUGAAGCCGAAGGCCGGGUACGACUACCUGGCCACCGCCGCCCACUUCGCCGCCGAGUCCUCCACGGGCACCAACGUGAACGUGUGCACCACGGACGACUUCACGAAGUCCGUGGAUGCCCUGGUGUACUACAUCGACCCCGACAGCGAGGAGAUGAAGAUCGCCUACCCCAACCUUCUGUUCGACCGCAACAUCAUCGAUGGUCGCGCCAUGAUGUGCUCCUUCCUGACCUUGUCCAUCGGCAACAACCAGGGUUGGGGACUCAGUGUGGGUAUGGGUGACGUCGAGUACGGUAAGAUCUACGACUUCUACCUGCCCCCUGAGUUCCUCCGCCUGUACGACGGCCCGGCCGUGAACGUGGAGGACAUGUGGCGCAUCCUGGGCAAGGGCACCAGCAACGGUGGCCUUGUGGUGGGCACCAUCAUCAAGCCCAAGCUCGGCCUGCAGCCCAAGCCAUUCGGCGAGGCCUGCUACGCGUUCUGGCAGGGCGGCGACUUCAUCAAGAACGAUGAGCCCCAGGGCAACCAGGUGUUCUGCCAGAUGAACGAGGUCAUCCCAGAGGUUGUGAAGGCCAUGAGGGCGUGCAUCAAGGAGACUGGUGUGGGCAAGCUCUUCUCUGCCAACAUCACCGCGGAUGAUCCCAACGAGAUGAUUGCCCGCGGCAAGUACUGUCUGUCCCAGUUCGGUCCUCUGUCCGAGAACUGCGCGUUCUUGGUGGAUGGCUACGUGGCCGGAGGCACGGCCGUGACCUGCGCCCGCCGCAACUUCCCAGGACAGUUCCUGCACUACCACCGUGCCGGACAUGGAUCCGUGACCAGCCCCCAGACGCAGCGUGGUUACACCGCCUUCGUGCACACCAAGAUCUCCCGAGUCAUCGGUGCGUCCGGCAUCCACACCGGAACCAUGAGCUUCGGCAAGAUGGAGGGCGAUGCCUCAGACAAGAACAUCGCCUUCAUGCUGCAGGACGACGCGGCCGAUGGCCCCUACUACCACCAGCCAUGGGAGGGCAUGAAGCAGACGACUCCCAUCAUCUCCGGCGGCAUGAACGCCCUGCGCCUGCCGGCCUUCUUCGAGAAUCUUGGACACUCCAACGUGAUCCUGACCGCCGGCGGUGGCUCUUUCGGCCACAAGGAUGGCCCCAAGCCGGGCGCCGUCUCCUGCCGACAGGGUGAGGAGGCCUGGAAGGCCUGGAAGUCCGGACAGUACGGCAACAUCAGCCUGAGCGAUGGCGUGAUCGAGUUCGCCAAGACCCACGAGGAGAUCAAGGGUGCCUUCCUCACCUUCCAGAAGGAUGCGGACCAGAUCUACCCCGGCUGGAAGGAGAAGCUCGGCUACACCGGCGAGUCGUCCGUGCAGGCGGCCAGCUUCGACUGGGCCAAGAAGGCAUAG